AUGAGUGACAUAGAAUUUGCCUGUAUGAUUUUAACGGAGAGUCCCUUAGAUGCUGAUAAGGAUGUCAUUUUUAAGCUUCCGUGGUUUCGCACGUACGCCCCGCAGGUGGACUGGAUCUCCGGUAAAUUUCUACACCAAAGGGCCCACGCUAACUCCGAUGGCAUAAACGAGAACGGGUUGGCCCAGCCGGAUCAGUAUAAUCAAAUCCCUGUACGAAGUGGACCUUCGCGACCAUCGUAUGUGCGACAAGACGAAUACGCCGAGAUUUACAUGGUAAAGGUAUUUUUUGUUACCACAAGCCAUAUCAUACCUGUUUGGGUUUACGAUCUUAUUUUGGAACAUAGCGAUGUCUUUUUUUUGGAAACGCUUCCUGAUGGUCUCCUGCCGAAGCGUGCUUUGCAGUUCGAAGUUGAGAUGAAACCGGAUGCCAUUCCCAGCUCUCGAUCCCCCUUUCGUCUUUUCAAGACGAAGCAAGCAGCGCUCAAGUCCACAGUGACAGAGAAUCUUAAGAAAGGCUGGGUAGAAGUCUCAAAUUCACCGUGGGUUUCCAACGUCUUUUUGGUGUACCAAAAAAGAACCAUGUUACUGGACAAGCUCCCACCUAGGGUGAGUGGCUUCGGUCGGGAAUUUGCUCGCAACCUAUUCGCUGGGUUAUCGAUUAUCGAUACUUGA